AGAAAAGCAGGGAGAAGAGCUUGCAUGGCAUUCUCCCCUCCAAGGACAUGCUCCCAGCAACCUAACUUCCUCCCACUAAGCCCAUUCUGAAGAUUCUACCACCUUCUAACAGUGCUCUGAGAUAUGGGCCUUUGGGGGGAUCCAAACUACAUCAAGUGCCACAUGUAUACUAAUAUGCUAAUAAAAUUUAUUAUAGACUAAGUUACUUGGGCUUGAGAAUGCAUUGCUAAGAAACAGGGGUCAGUUGGGAGAAAGAUGCAAGCAGCUAGCAGAAGUGCCUGGAAAGGGAGCCCCUCGUAGCAAUCUGAGCAUGCCCAGUGUUAGUACAAUGCAGAGCUUUUCUUUUCCUCAACGGGCUUCCUUUAGCUUCCUGAACCACACCAUAAAAUCUGAUGGUCCCAACACACUUAUUGACACCAGACUAAUGCAACAGGUCUGUAUUCAAGUGUUGUGGACCCUGUGGCUGCGCUGUGAGACUCAAGUUCCAGCAACAACCACCCAGCAGCGGAGAUCCCCAGUGAUCCGGGACAGGUGAAGGGACACACAGCGCUCAGGACUUGCUGAUUAAACCCUCCUUUUCCAUCCUCAGAGGCCAGCUGGGGGUGAGACGAUCUCUUUGUGCGUGUGGUUUCCUUAAAUCCAUUUGACUCUGAUUUUCAAGGCCAUCAGCACAGUUAUACAAACGACUCUUAUGUCAUUUGCAGGAAAACUGCUGAACCAGGGAUCAUGAAACAAGUGAAACGAGCCAGACUCAAAAAUCGAAAACCAUGUGUUUCCUCUCCUGUGAGAUUUUUUUCUUUUUUUGAGUCAGGGUCUUACUUCAUAUCCCAGUCUGGCCUCCAACUUGUGCCAAUCAUCCCUGCCUCUACCUCCCAGGUGCUUAGAAUACAGUGCGAGCCAUUCUACCUGGCUUUGGAAUCUAGGUUUAGACAGACAGACAGACAUGAAAGUAGAAGGGAACUAAGUAGGAGGAAGUGGGUCUGAAAGGAGUGGGGCAAAGAGGGAACUGUUGAAAAGGAAAGAUACGUAUGUUUUCUCUCACAUGUAGAAUCUAGACUUAACAAUACACGUACUCUAUAUAAGACAUGAGAGCAGAAAGAGGCUACUUCUGAGGAAGAGGGCAACCCCUGGGAAGGAGAGGGGUUGAACCAAGGAGGAGUAAACAAGGGGCUGAUGUGAGCAAACUGAAAUUAUGUACAUAUCAAAAUGCUAUAAUGAAACAUCAUUCUAACUAACUAAAAAGUUAAUAAAAUAAGAUGAAAAUGAUUCAAUGUAUUAAUUUCCACCUUAGUUGGAAAUUGCUUCCUAGGGUUUUAUAUAUGUCCCUACUCUUAUUUUCAUUGAUCGGACCAGGCAGUAACUCACUUUUAAGUUUUGUUUUCUAUUGGUACUUAUACCACCAUCCCCUACACCACAGCACCCAUGCACCCAAAUGCCCAAGUAUCCAUGCACCCAAAUGCCCAAGUAUCCAUGCACCCAUACACCCAUGUACCCAUGUACAUACCCAUGCAUCCAGGCAUCCAUGCACCCAGAUGCUCAAGCACCCAUGCACCCAUGUACACAAGCAUCUCUGCACAUAUGCACAAACUUCUGAAUUCUCAUUGCUCGGUAUUCUAACUUAACAUUUUCUUCUUUCCUUUUUAAUUUUCACCUACUUUCCUUGGUUAUUCUGAUUAUUUUUAGAAGUCUGCUUGAACGUAAGUAAACUCAUAAAUCAUUUUAAUCUUAUUUAAACAAUGGUAUGACUGUAGCUAUGAGUUUCUCUUGAGGCAUGCCUCAGCAAUGCCUCACAGGCUUCUGUCUUGGUGUUCCCAUUAUCACCAUGUCCACUGGAUUCAUUUAAAACUCGAUUCUCUCCACAUUUCAAUACUGAGCUGGGAAAAGUUUUUCAUCUAUUUUUUUUUUUAAUUCCCAGCUUUUGUUGUUAAUUUCUAAUUUCAUUGUACUAUGGUCAGAUAAUCUUGUUCCAAAGGCUUUUUCUUUUUUGAAAAUCUCACUAGCUAGCCCAGGCUAUUCUCAGGCACACUUUCUUCCUGGCCAGUACUGGAAUUACAGGCAUGUACCACCACAUUCAGCUAAGGCAUUUUUUCUGUCAACAUGGUCAGUCUUGUACUGUUUCAUGCAUGUUUGAAAAUAGGAUAUAUUCUCUAUUCUCGGGGAUAGUGUGUGUUUGUGUGCACACAUGUGGGUGCGCACCUUUCUUUUCUUUUUCAUUUUAUUUAUUUAUUUAUUUUUCUAUUAUCAGCUUGAUACAGUACAAAUUCUUAUCCUAAUAGUGAAAUGUUUCACUGAGGCUUGCCCAGUGAUGGAGCAAAACCAAAACUUAUUAUAAGCCACAGUCAUCCUAGGGUCCCCCCUGCUAUGUAGCCUCCCUGGUUCUGUGGGUUACAGUCUGAUUGUUCUUUACUUUAUAUCUAGUAUCCACUUAUGAGUGAGUACAUACCAUGUUUGUCCUUCUGAGUCUGGGUUACCUCACUCAGGAUGAUAUUUUCUAGUUCUAUCCAUUUGCUGCAAAUUUCACGCUGCCAUUGUUUUUCUCUGAUGAGUAGUACUCCAUUGUGUAUAUAUACCACAUUUUCUUAAUCCAUUCUUCAGUUGUUUCCAGGUUAUGGCUAUUAUGAAUAGGCACACUUUUCUUUUUCAAUGUAGAUAGAUUGGUAGGCAGUGGCAACUUCAUGAACUGUUAAUUCUCAGAGCAAUGUUAAGAGUUCUGGCUUUGCCUCUGGUGGUGGUGGCUCACAACUUUAAUCCCAGUCCUCAGGAGGCAGAGGCAGGCAGAUCUUGAUGAGUUUGAGGCCAGCCUGGUCUACAGAGUUCCAGGAUGGCCAGUACUACACAAAGAAACACUGUCUCCAAAACAAACAAACAAAAAGAGUUCUGGCCUUGAUAUUCUAGGCCAGCCCUUGCAACCUGAAUUUGAGCACACAUAAAAACCUAUUAGCCCAAAUAGUAUGAGUGUGUUAGGGUCCACAGAUCACCCCACAAAAGACUAUCACUCACAUAUGCAAAAGCAAGAGCAUCUCUCUCUCUCUCUCUCUCUCUCUCUCUCUCUCUCUCUCUCUCUCUCUCUCUCUCUCUCUCUCUCUCUCUCCCCCACCCUUGGAGCUGAGGACUAAACCCAGGGCCUUGUGCUUGCUAGGCAAGCGCUCUACCACUGAGCUAAAUCCCCAACCCCGAGAGAUUACUUCUCAAGAGAAGAAUUCCUGCAUGCUGGAGUCAGCCACACAACAAAACGGCAAUGACUUCCAGAGAAGCUCCUUUUAUAGACAACCAGGAGGGGAUUAGGUCAUCCUAAACAUGAUUGGUCAAGCAAGCAGCAGCCACACUAAUGUUCCUGAUUGGCUGGGGCUGUGAGUGCUGAAUCAUGCCUGUUUUGCAAUUUCUCCCACACCUGCCUAAUCAGAAAUCAAAACAGAAACUGAAACUUAGGCCUAGUAGAGGCUGGGGCCAGGAGAAGCCCACCAUGGUGCUACUGUGGCCUCUCAAGUGUAGCCCCCAAAGAGUGUCCAGCCCUAGAAGGGAUUUUGAUCUCUAUACAAAUUUCUGUACAGUUUUUAAUAGAGGCCAAAGAGUCUGCAGCAGUUCAAUACAAUCUCCUGACUUCCCGUAUUCUCUAGUGUCUCCCACCCUAAGGGCACGUCCUUCCUUGAUCUGGGUUCCAGUGUAAGAAUCCAGCCUGUGCACUUCUUACCUGUUUCUUCCCUUUUUCUCUUCAAAGAGAGGAGUAGCAGUCAUGAAGAGGACUGUGAUAACUUCUCCAUGUUAACAAAACUUACCACAGCUACUUGAGCGUCUCAUGGCCUGCCUCACAUCUGCCUCGCAGACAUCAAACCUUGCAUUCACAGCAGCCACAUCAACCACCAAACCCCUCCAUACCAAGGGCUUGCUCAGAAGAUUCCAGAGGUGUUUGUGAACUUGCACCAACCCAGUUUCCUGCUUAUCUAUCCUGAGCCACUCUGGAAUAUCCCACUUGUAAUAGUUUCUUUUUAACGUGUCCGUUCUCUUUAAUUUUUCCCCAAAAUGUCUCAGUUCAACUCACUGGGAUUCUUCUUUUUUUUUUUUUUUUUUUUUUCAGAUUCUGCUAAGUAUCUGCCUUCUGCCUUCCAGCAGCCCAGACUGUCACCCCUCCACAUUGCUUCAUAAAGAAAUGAAUCCAUAACACACACCCUUAAGGGUCUAGAACGUCACAAAACACACAGAUCCUUCAGACCACAGGAAACGCUACCAAACACCAACAUUGAGAUGUCCAAAGGAAAGAGAGACUGCCAAACAGAUAGCUAGAUGGCACAGGGAACAUCCCUCCUGGAUCUACCAUAGAAAUGGCAAGGUUUGGAUCUGGUCCAAAGCCCAUCCCUGUGUAGUCCUAGAAACUAUUUAAAAAAAAAAAAAAACGGUUUUGAAACAGGCUGCCUUGAACUCAAUAAGUAGCUGAGGAUGACCUUGAACUCCUGGUUCUCCUGCCUCCACUUCCUGAUGUUGGGGUUUCAGGAAAGCACUACCAGGUCUGGCUUUUAGUGCUGGGGAUAGAAUACGGGCUUCACACAUCUAGGUAAGCACUCUACCUCCUGAGCUACAUCACCAACCCCUGGAAAUGGAUAUUAGCUUAAAACUGCUAGGGAGCACAGACCAAUCAGGUAGUGAGAGAGUGGGUGGCUGGGUGGAGUUCCUCACCAACCCUGGGAGGCCCCAAGGGUGAAGGGGCCCUCUCAAAUUGCUAAGAGCAAGGAGAGGAACUGAGGUUUGCAAGCACUGUGGCUUGUCUAUUUCCUGUUUCAUCAAGCUGCUGUACAAAAAAGAAUGUCAGUACAAGAGGAAAAUGGUGAGGGGGCCGAGAACAUCUGAUUGACCGCUUCCCUGGCCAUCUGAGACCAGAGAGACCCGGAAAGGGCUGAAGGUUCUCCUGAGACCCUUGAGACAGAACCUGGGACCAGAGGUAACAGUGGAGGAAGAUGCUUUGGGAUCUAGGUUUGGAUCUGUUGACUUUGGGGUGGGGCGGAAGGUUCUCUGCCAUGCCAGCCUCCUACAUAGCAGCAGGUGGUAGAAUUUGAGUGCUGGGGUUUAUGUGACCAAGAAGGCAUCCUGUGUUGGAUUCCUUGAGUAACCACUAGGAUAUGGCUACCAACUUUGCUCUACCUGUUAGCUUACAUUAGAUGUGAGUCGCAUGCUCAGCAUCCAUGCCAUGAAUUAAAUGACCUUUUCCAGAUCCCUUUAAAGCAGGGAUCCCUGUAACAGGCCCUUCUCCCUCAACUCUCACUGAGAACUCUGGACUAGGAAGGCCAGAUCCAUGCAGGAUACCACCCAUCAUUUCUUCUGCAUACACAGCCAAGAGGUAGGAGCAAAGUUCUGGAAAGGCAGCAACAAGUCUGUAGGUGAGAGACAGUGCCUGCUGUCUUCCUGUGUGGGGAGGAGAGCCUCCCCUAGCCAGUAUUAAGUCUUCCUCCAAAGCUCUAACUGGACCCUCUCCUGUUGCCAAAGAAUACCUCAGAGACUCCAGAAAGCCUUGGGCAGUGGCCCUGUGACCUUUCUCUGAACUACAGGACCAGUUCCUUUUUCUGCAGUCCAUCCCUGUCCAUCAGGCCUUCCACAAGGAAGAGACAUCAGCACAGGCUUGCCUCAACCCCACAAGACCUUUCCUCUUCCCAUCUGGAAGGCAGGAGGAUCCUCAACCCAGGUAGCUACUUCCAGUACAAAGCCUAUAUGUAACUAGGGCCCAACAUGGAGGAACCUAACCCUUCACACUCAUAACACAGUACCCAUUAUUCACCCACCUGUUUUUUGCCUUCCUGUCUGACCUAAUUGAGUUGAUGAUUAUGUCCAAACCAGAAAGAAGUGCUUUGUCCUUGUAACUGAAACUUAGAGGCCACAGGAACCAGAGUAGUAAAAUUAUUCCAAGAUGGAGCUACAAGCCCUGUUCAGAACUGAGAGAAGGAAUUAGGGAAAUCAGAGGGUGAAAUUGAGCAUUCUUGGUCUUAGAGUCUGGCUUUGCCUGGGGCAUCUGAUUCAUAUCACCAAGUCUUCAGUAUCUAGCAUAGCAAGGAUAAGUAUGAUAUUUUAUAUCUAUUAUUAAAAUAAUAUUUUAUUGUUUUAUAUUAAUAUUUUUAAAGCUGUAAUUUAUCAUAUGCCAUGUGCUAGGUGUAUGGUGUGGAUAUUGUUAUUUAAUACUCAUCUCCCUUCAAGGGAAGUUUUAGUCCCAUUUCAAAAAUGAGAACCCUGAGGCUUUAGCAACACUUAACACCUUCCCCUCUGUUUGGUAGGCAGUGACAGCCUGGGAGUGAGUCACAGUCUGUCCCCAAAGCAAGAUUUCCCCUCCUCCAGUGAAGACGGAACAGUAAGGUGCUAUGGCUUUGAGGUGCACAUGUAUGUGGAAUCCCAAGUCCCCUCCAUCCAUUCAUUUAUCACAGAAUAUGCAUUGAGGUGCAUGUGUGUGAUCCCAAGUCCCCUCCAUCCAUCACAGAACAUGUGUAGGCCUUUUCCUCCGUUUCUACAUAAUUUAAUAAACAGAGUGACAUGUGGGAAGUCUAGGAAACCCCAUAGAGUGAGAGUGAGGGCAAAAGCCUGAAGGAAGACAUUCAGAGGUGAUGGAAGAGGACGAACACUACCUCACAGUCCUUGGGGUAAGCUCUGCCCAAGGCAGAGGGUGUCCCUCUGCCCUCAAGAGCCAGAUAACCAAAACCAUACAGGACUUGGCCACAUAAGAGCCCUUCAGAAAGUGAGACUGUCCACCCACUGGUUUGUGAAUAAGUAUAGUGACCAGAGACAGAGCAGGAGCCCUGCACAGAAUUCUAUCUUGUGCCAGGAUAGGGAUCAAAAUUCCAACAAAGACGCACAGGGCUUCUGCCUGCAGAGUCUGUGCCGCCUAUAAACAAGCCUUGGGGGUCAGAGCUGGCCAGUGCCUGCUAGUCAGUGAGGCUGGGACACUUCCUCUGACCACCCAGGAACUGAAUUCCUGGGCAGUGGGAUGAGUGGGUAAUAGAGAAGAGACAGCAGCUGUGAGGAGGACCUUCCUCAUCACCCCAGUCUUACUCCAGAGGGCAAAGGAGGCAGGGCACAAUUUCUGGUGCUAGGAUGUAGCCCAUCUGAGUCCAGCCCUGACUUCACCAAGCUGCCAGAGACCAAAAUGAGACUAGCCAAAUCCACAACAGGUAGGUGAAGAUAAGAAUUUGGGUAUAUAUGGAUGGUAGGUAAGGCCACCUAGUGGGACACCAAGCCUGUCCUGAAGACAGUCCCCAAAGUUCCUUGGGGACUUUGCAUUACAGGUUUCUUAGGGCUUGUCUUUGUAAGACUCUUGUUGCGAGUACUCUGCAUGCUUGCUAGUUUAGAUGGCAGCUUUGGAAACAGACUGAGCCUGGCAGGGAGGCUGUCCUAAAAAGGUAGAGCCCUCCUCUCUGAGUCACUGAGCCAGGUUCUCUGAAAUGGACCAACACUAAGUGUUUUGAAGGUCCUCAGCCAAUAGACUGACUUGAUCAGCAACUAAAGUCAGAGCCUAGCCCUAGAUACACAGUAGAUGACAGAAAGGUCAGGAUGUGGUGAUGGAGGAAUCAGGGCAGGUUUCCCUAAGCCAUGCCAGUCCAGAGCCACAAGAUGACUGCUGAGAGCUAGGAAUGGAGCAGAGGGUGCCAGUCAUGAACCUGAUCACUUCCUAAGGGCUUGUGGCUAACCCUCUAGGUCUCAAGAAGUGCCACUUAGCUAUUUUAGUAAGAAUGUGGGCAAGAGAGCAGUAAAGAUGACAUCUUUCAUUUUAGACUAGAAGAUAAAGUGGGCUGGAGUGUCCUCAGUUCUACAAGCCACUCAAACAGCUGUAAGCUCAUGACGAUUAUAAUUUGUUCCUUGUAUUCCCUCACUUAGAGGCAGAAAGGAAGAAGGGGCUCCAGAGAGACCCGCCCACUUUAGGGAUUAGUGCUAGAGAAUGGCAGAAACCUGGCCUUGCUGGAUUCCAUCAGUUCAUGCAGGAUUGAGCCCAGGAGUCCUGGCCCUGGGUUCUCAACACACAUGGAUGGAGCCCUGUGCUAUUUCUGUCCUGACCCAGGGAGAUAGAUUGUCAGUUUUCAGCCCAUCUUCUGACUCCUCCCUCUUGGCAUCUGGCAGAUCCAAGCAGCUGUUCAAGGAACUGGAAGCCAAGCACAACAGGUGCUUGGGAGGUCACCAUGAUCAGCUCAGACCCCAAGUCCUCUCCUGGCUUGGCUCGGUGGGCCGAGAGCUAUGAGGCCAAGUGUGAACGACGUCAGGAGACCCGAGAGAGCCGCCGCUGCCGCCGCAAUGAGACCACUUGCCGCCAGCCAGGGAAGCUGCUGAGGACCCAGCACAGGGAGCGGCUUCAGAGAGCUCGGCAGCUCCAGUUCUUCAGAAGGAGAAACCUGGAAGAGGAGAAGAAAGGCCAGUCCAGGGAGCAAGGGCCCUCCAGCAAGAUAGAUGGAGGGACAGGCCAGGUGACUGUCCUCAAGGAGUCCUUGCCUGGUGACUACAAGACCUCCUUCCCUGGACAGCAGGUAACAGGGACGACCUCUGCAGUUUCCCCAAGCCUGCAUCAUUCCUCCUCAAGCAUCCAGAGAGAUUUGGAUGGCCUCCAUUCCUCACACGCAACAGCCUUUCCACCACAGGACUCUGCCAGCAAGAAGCCACUCAGACAGCACCGGGGUACUCAGACAAAGGCAGAAGAGGCACAGCCAACAGUAAAGAAUGACGCCAGUCAGCAAACCAACUGUGGAGUUGCAGUCCUAGACAAGGACAUCAUCCAGCUCUCUGAGUACCUCAAAGAAGCCCUACAAAGGGAGCUGAUCCUCAAACAGAAAAUGGUGAUUCUCCAGGACCUGCUGCCUGCUCUGACCCGGGCCUCUGACAGCUCUUGGAAGGGGCAGCUCAAUGAAGACAAACUGAAGGGCAAACUAAGGUCCCUAGAAAACCAGCUCUACACCUGCAUGCAGAAAUACACUCCCUGGGGGAUGAAGAAGGCACUCCUGGAGAUGGAAGACCAGAGGAGCAGUUACGAACAGAAGGCUAAGGAGUCGCUCCAGAAAGUGCUGGAGGAGAAAAUGAGCGCAGAGCGGCAACUGCAGAGUGCACAGCUGUCCCUGGCUUUGGCAGAGCAGAAGUGUGAAGAGUGGAAGAGUCAGUACGAGGCUCUCAAGGAGGACUGGAGGACCCUAGGGGACCAGCACAGAGAGCUGGAGAGCCAGCUGCAUGUGCUUCAGUCCAAACUACAGGGAGCAAACAGCAGAGACUCACAGAUGAACCAGGCCCUGCGACGUUUAGAAAAUGAGCACCAGGAACUGCAGGCCAAGAUCGAGCGCCUACAAGGGGACAGAGAGCAGCAGAGCUCUGACACCCAGGACCUACAAGAUCAGCUAAAGAGGUCAGAGGAGGAGAGACAGGUCCUGGUGAGCAGAGUACAGCAGCUGCAGAGUCUGCUUCAGAAACAGUCCUUACACCAUCACGAACAGGAGAAACUCUUAAAGAAAGAUCAGGCUUUACCCGUGUGGAAUCCAGAGCGCUCCCUUGAUGAAGCAAAACCGGAGAGUACAGGGGAGGAGAAAGACUGGGAGCUGAGAGACCAGCUACAAAAGGAGACAUCUCAGCUCCAGGCCAAGGAAAAGGAGUGCAGAGAGCUGCAUUCAGAGUUAGACAUCCUCAGUGACAAGUACCUCUCCUGUCUUCAAAAGCUACAGCACUGUCAAGAAGCCCUGAGCCACAGCCAGGAGCUGCUGCCCAGACGGCAAUGUGGCCAAUGGCUCCCGGUGCUGAUGGUGGUGAUUGCUACGGCACUAGCAGUGUUCCUGGCAAACAAAGACAGCCUGGCGAUCUGA